AUGGAGGUUCAGAAGCAGACGAGUUUCACGUUUGAAAUAGAUAACUUCUCUGAGAAGGAAGGUUUGAUACGAUCUCCAACAUUCUUAAGCGGCUGCUGCGAAUGGUAUCUUGCGGUUUUUCCCAAAGAAGAUCACUUGGCUCUGUACCUCCGCGUUGCUAAUCGUGAAUCAUUGCGACUUGGAUGGAAAAGACGAGCUAUUUAUUCCUUCCAUCUGUUGGAUCAAUCCGGCAAAGAGCUAUACAAAACAAGCGAAGCGUGUCAAUUGUUCAGCGCUCAUCUCACAGGAUGGGGUUUUCCAAGGGCCAUGCGUCUUAAAAAGCUUCAAGAAAAAGUGUUUGUGGAGACUAACAAACUGAUAGUUAAAGUGCAAGUAAAAGUAGUUGAAUCUGUUGAUGAAUCAGAAGUAACUGGGAACGAGACCUUAGAUGUCAAAGGUUUCCAAGUUCUAUAUCCUCAGGCUGUCUCAGUGAGUAGGCUUUUCACGAACCACCCAGGCUUUGCAGCAAAUUUCAAAACAAAGAACCAAUUGGUGAGGACGACAUACAUGAAUAUCUUACUCGGUCUCAUCGAGGCAUUGAACAAACCUCCACAUAGCUUAUCCGAGACUGAGCUAAGCAACGCUCGCAGCGAGCUGGCUGAUCUAACAGAAGCGGGCUUCAAGCUGGACUGGUUGAGGACGAAGCUUGAUGAGGUUUUCUUGGAGAGGAAGAAAGCAAGUGUUGAUGGUAUUCGAGUCCAAGAACUCAAGGAACAAGUCAAGAAUCUCAAAGCUGAAUUGAGCAAGGAGAAACUUAAAUCUGCUACUUCUGCUGCUAAACUCGAGGAACAAGUGAAGAAUCUCAAAGCUGAACUGAACAAGGAGAAAGUUAAAUCUGCUACUUCUACUGCUAAACUCGAGGAACAAGUCAAGAAUCUCAAAGCUGAACUGGACAAAGAGAAGAAAAAAUCAGCUACUUCUGCAGCUAAAGUGUUGUCCUUAGAGAAGAAGCGGAAAUUAAGCCAUCAGUAA